AUGCGUUCUUCUCAGAGAAAAUACCGCUCACCAGCUGUCUCUAGGCUUCCUCCCAUCACACCAGGUACUUCGGGCUCGAAGACUCGCAAUGCAGCCCGAGCACCGAAUGGCGCCUCAACGACCCCAAGGAGCUCGUUACUACCCCCAGCAUCAUCAUCAGCAACUAGGCAGUUACGAACACCUUAUCAGACAACAGAGACUACAAAUGAGGCAGAGCAAUAUGAUUCUGGAGAGGAUGACUUGGGCCAUGUCAUUGCGGCCAUUGACAUGAAAGAUUACGGAACAGUGGGAUGCGCCUACUACUCUGCGGAAGAAGAGACACUGUACUUGCUUGGCGAUAGUCGCUCCGGGGGAAUGGAAGCAAUUGAUGCUUUGAUUCUUCAGAUCAAACCAACAAUCAUCCUGACAUCCUCACGAGUAGAGAUCCCUAGUGCACGGGGCCGAGAGCAGAGUUUAGCGCCUGACAAUGAAACCUCGUCUUAUCUACCAUACCAGGUAGACGUCCGCCCAGCGCAGGAAUUCAGCUUCUCCAAUGCCCAAAACAGUUUGGUUGCCCUGGACAUGUCUUCUUCUCACGAAGGACGCAUCCGUUUUUUCGUCCCUAGCAGUGGCCUUGCUGGUCCAGAGGAGAUCAAUCCUGAAGAAAUGGGGUUCUCACUCCAUGAGGGAAGACUUUUGCACGUAUCCAGCUCAGUCGAUAUGGAGAACCCGGUAUCGAUUGGUUGUGCUGGUGCUGUUCUAACCCACUUGCAAAGGCGUCGAGCCACAGCAACAAGCAUAGGGCCAUUGGACGACUGCCCGUUCAAAGUUCGAUCUAUGGAGAUGUUCAGUCUGCAGGAUUCAAUGUGGAUCAGUAGCAAUACAUUCCUGUCACUCCAGAUCAUACAAUCCGAGUCUCACCCAAACGUGUUCAACCAGGGCCCCGGCACAAAGUCAGCUUCGGGCAAAGAGGGUCUCUCGGUAUACGGCCUCUUCCACCGUUUUGCAUACACCCCUCAAGGCAAAGCGAAACUCAAACAGAUCUUCUUCCGUCCAAGUCUGGAUAUCGCCUCAAUCCGACAACGACAUGACUUUAUCGGUGUCUUCUCGCGGCCAGAUAAUAUGGCCGCUCUGGAUAAGAUCACGAAGGGCUUGAAACACAUCAAGAAUCUUCGGCCAGUCAUGAUCAAUUUGCGGAAAGGGAUUAGCACUGGGAGUGCGAAGAUGACUGGAUUCAAGGCUACAGUGUGGGCAAGCUUACUGGCAUUUGCAUUCUACUCGAUUGACAUCCAUGAUGCUCUACGGGAGGUCUCGGGUGCCAGCAUCUUGCCCUUACGGACGAAGGCUCUCCAAGCAUUUGAGGCGGCCCAGCUAUAUCGAGUCGGACGGAUGAUCCAAGAGAUAGUUGAUAUUGACAACUCGGAAGAGCAAGGUAGAACAGUCGUCAAACAGGGUCUUGAUCGUGAGCUUGACAGAAUGAAAGACCGAUACGACGGUUUGAACAGUCUUCUCAAACACGUCGCCAUCGACAUUGCCACAACAAUUCCCGAGCAGUUGGAUAUCGAUGUGAACGUGAUCUACUUCCCACAAUUGGGAUUCAAUAUCGCCGUUCCACUCAAUGACAAAGGUCAAGCAGCAUACCCCGGCUCCAGUGAAGACUGGGAGUUGGUAUUCAUCACAGAGACUCGAGCUUACUUCAAAGACUUUCGAAUGAGGGAACUUGACAACAAACUUGGGGAUAUCUAUGGGCUGAUAUGCGAGAAAGAGAUUGAGAUUGUGUACGAUAUGGCCCAGAGGAUUCUCCAGUAUGAGAAUGUGCUUGUGGAGGCGUCCGAUGUCUGCGGAGAACUAGACAGUCUCCUUGCUCUCACACAGGCAGCCAGUUUCUACAAGUUGAGUCGGCCACGGAUGGUAUCAGAGAAUGUUGUCAGAAUCAAAGAAGGCCGUCACAUACUGCAAGAGUUGACGGUAUCUGCCUACGUUCCAAACAAUGCUUUGCUCAUGGGCGGACCCGAAAUCUCGACAAGCACUUCAACUUCAUCGUCACCGGCGGCACUGGCUCCCAGAAUGCUAAUGCUGACCGGUCCAAACUACUCUGGCAAAAGUGUGUACAUGAAGCAGGUUGCCCUUAUUGUCUAUCUGGCGCAGAUCGGGAGCUUCGUUCCCGCAGAAAGCGCAGAGUUAGGAAUCACGGACAAGAUCUUGACAAAGAUCAAUACCCUGGAGAGUGUGUCAAAGAUACAAAGUACCUUCAUGAGUGAUCUGCAGCAAAUCUCUCUUUGCCUAAAACAAGUCACUGGCCGGAGCCUGGUCCUUAUUGAUGAAUUUGGGAAAGGAACGAAUGAGAGUGACGGCAUUGGUCUCGCGUGUGGAGUUCUCGAGCAUUUACUGAAUCUCGAAGAUCCUCCAAAGGUGAUUGCAGCCACACAUUUCCACGAGAUUUUUGAGAAUAAUUUUCUCCCGCUCAGACCUGGCCUCCAGCUCGGCCAUAUGGAGGUGAAGGUCUGCGAGGAAUCACAAGCGGUAGAAGAUCAAGUCACGUAUCUCUACAACUUUCGUCUUGGUCGAAGCAACAAGAGCUUUGGAACUAUUUGCGCUGCAAUCAACGGCAUUGAUGCAGCUAUCGUUGCCCGUGCAAACGAGAUUGCAUUACUAGCAGCCCGGGGUGAGAACCUGAUUGCUGCAUGCGCAGUCUUGUCCCCAGAGGAGACACAGGACCUCCAAGAAGCGAAUCUCCUAGCGAGGAAUUUCCUGCAACUCGACUUCACGAAAGAUGACGAUGUACAAGAUACGAAAGAAGUAUUUGAGGCAUUGUUUACGACACCAGUUUGA